CCUGGAUUAUCGCAAGAGGUUUCCCCUAUUUUCGUUUUAUUUUCCCCUGGCUAUCUGAUUCCAAUUUCCCAAGAGUUUCUCGCCGUCUCUCCAAUUCCAACCCCAACGCAAUAAAUCAGUCCUUCUCCCCUCACGAUUCAAUCACUCUCUCGAUUUAGGGAUUUCCCCCUUUCCUCUGCCGAUCGAUUACCUCCAUGGGAGGAGGAGCAGCCAUGCGAACUGUGGCCAAGGUCGCCGGUAUCGGCGUCGUCAACAGUGGAUUCCGCGGCGCCGUCUCCGGAUUGCCUCCGGCUGAACAUUCGGUUCGCAGCGCUUCUCACACCGUUUCGGCGGCGAUCUCAUCAACGUCUUCUACGUCGUCGUUAUCUGGCGUGGCGGCGGUUCAGCGCCCUGUUUGGGAGCUCGAUGAGUGGGAGUUCGCCGGCGGCGAGGAAGAGGUUAUUUCGGAGCCUCUGGAGCCGAAGCCCAGGCUCGUGUUUGGCGGCCCGCCGACUUCUCAGGAGGCCCAAGAGGCCACCGCUGAGUUGAAGGACGCCCUGGAGAAAAUAUCUAGUCCUGCACUUGGAGGAUCAGCUGCCUCAAUUGGAUUCAGUGACCAUCUUGGCCUCCCUUUGCUUACAACUUCCGAGCUGGAGUCUAAAACUUGCCUUACUUGCGAGAGAAAAGCUGCUCCGGAGUAUGCUGUCAAGGCAUUCAAGUUGCUGAAUGAAAGUCCUGCUGCUCAGUCUGUUGUAGUUUCCAUUGCCUCGGACCCAAACGUGUGGGAUGCAGUCAUGCGAAACGAUGCGCUCACCGCGUUCCUCCAGUCCCACAAGACAAUUACAAGCCCCACGAGCGAGGCUUCCACAGAAUCCGUCACAGAUUCCAGUUCCGAGGACGCAGAAUCUGUUGUACACGAGGAGCCGCGCUCCAGGUUUAUGGCGUACCUGGAUGACAUCAAAGUUACGGUGGUGGAUAUGUUCGGCACAGUCUCUUCUUUCCUGCAGAACAUGUUCGCGGUGCCGCCUGCUGCAGCUGCAGGUGAAUCCGAUGAGGGCAAUGCGAAAUCGACGUUCAUGGAGAACACGGUGGGAGCGUCUCUCUUGGGUUUGGCUGUGAUGGCUAUCAUGAUGGUGGUGCUGAGACGUGUCUAGAGUGGUUCUCUCAAUUUGCCGACCCUGCACAUUCUGUUGCUUUUGAUGCACAAGUAGAAACGAAGAGAGGGGUGUUCUAGUUUAUGUCAAGUCUUUUUGUACAUACUAUGUCUACGCUAGGGUUAUGUUGAUAAUGUGUGGACUGUGGAGUCGAUUGAGUUGUUAUGUUCUUGGUUUGGACUUAAUAAUAUGGCUAUGGUUUUUGGCUAAGUAUUCCCGGAGGGUAGAUCAGGUUUUUCUAGCAGUAUAUUUGUUGCCUGUCCAAACUGAAGGUACUGACACGCCAUCCUACUCUUCCAACAAUCUGAAUACGUACGAGAGGAAUGUUCUUCCAAAACUCGUAAUUUGUUGAAUAAUCGAGAGAGAUCGAAUCGAACUGUAUCGCUCAAUCAAGUCAUGGCGUUGAGAUCCUCGAUGUCGGCUCUCACGGCCGGUGCCAGCAGCUUACGGAGGAUGCUGUGCACCGCCUCUACCACUUCAUCCAUCUUCUCGACGCCCGCCGCCCCUUCAGCUCGUGAGCAAGCUGAUCCCAACGUCAACCUUUUCGUCUCCGGGCUUAGCAAACGAACCACAACAGAAGGCCUUAAGGAAGCCUUUUCCAAGUUUGGUGAAGUGGUUCAUGCUAAAGUUGUCGGAGAUCGGGUAUCUGGGCAUUCAAAAGGGUUUGGCUUUGUUAGGUAUGCUACCUUGGAGGAUGCUGCCAAAGCUAUAGAGGGCAUGGACGGGAAGUAUCUUGAUGGAUGGGUUAUAUUUGCGGAAUAUGCAAGACCAAGAGCACCUCCUUCACCACCUAAUAGUAGUAGCAUGGGGCCUGGCUAUGGUGGUUUUGGCUCCACAAAUGCGAACAGCGCAAGCUAUGGUCUUGGCAGUAUUGUGAACCCUGGUUACGGGAAUAACGCUGCAAGCGCUGGGUACGGCAGUAACGUGAACCCUACUGCUUAUGGGAGCAAUCCUAGUUCAGCAUAUGGGAACAACAGCGCAAAUCCAGGCUCUCCAUAUGGAAGUCAGACUACUUAUGGAAACAAUCCAAAUUCAGGCUCUUCAUAUGGGAGUCACACUACUUCUUUUGGGAACAAUGCUACUGCAGGCUCUUCAUACGGAAGUCAGACUACUAACUGGAACAAUGCAAAUCCAGGAUCUUCGUAUGGGAGUCAGACUACUUCGUACGGGAACAAUGCAUAUCCAGGCUCUUCAUAUGCGAGUCAGACUACUUCUUACGGGAACAAUGCAAAUCCAGGCUCUUCAUACCAGUCUGGAAGCUCUGCAGGCUCUUCAUAUGGGACUCAGACCACUCCGUACGGGAACAAUGCUUAUGCACAUGGAAACACAAGCUCUGGGUUUGGUGGCCCUGGAUACUCUAACACCACGAGUCCUGGGAACAAUGCAAAUCCAGGCUCUUCAUACCAGUCUGGAAGCUCUGCAGGCUCUUCAUACGGGAGUCAGACCACUCCGUACGGGAACAAUGCUUAUCCACAUGGAAACACAAGCUCUGGGUUUGGCGGCCCUGGAUACUCCAGCACCACGAGUCCUGGGUACGAAAACAACAAAGGCACUGCAUAUUCUGAUGGCGCAAACCCUUCGUAUGCUGAUAAUACCACAGGCUCUGGGUAUGGCAGUGACAAUGGACCUGCUGCACAUGGUACUGCUAGCACAGGCUUCACUAAUCUUCAGUGAAGCAAAAAGCUCAUCAAUGAACGGCGAAGCGGUAAUCAGUUCGCCGGCGCUUUCCCCGGAUUCCCGGCAGCGCCGUUCAUGAUUUAGGGGCCAAAAUUUAUGAUUUAUGAAGGUGGGUUGUGAUUGGUGGGCGGAUGUUUAGCUGUAAAUCCAAUAAAAUUUCAGUUUAUUGCUUCAAGUUACUGUCUUGUGAAUAUUCUGCUCGUCCUUUUGUAUCUCCAACUACCAACUGUGGGAAGUAGAAGUAUGAUAUCAAACCUUGAAAGAUGCUCUGUUUCUUGUCGUCGCACGGCAGAGGGCUACUCUGUUUUCGCCUUCUUGGCAAUACGCCAAUCAGCUACCUUCUGCGUUGGAACUAACCGGGCCUGACUUGCCAUUUUUGUCUAGAAUCCUUUCAUUUCUUUGUCCCUCACCAGCGCCCAGUCAACCUUAGAGUAGACCAAUCCAGUUUCGCCAGUUUCAUUGCCGUUCUUUGGUCGAUGUGGAGAUAACGCAGUGGCCAAGUGUUUGGUAAAGGUGUUGUGACAGAGGUGAAUGGGUGGCAAGGAUUACCAGAACUGCAAGGUAACUAGAGUAGUGGAGAUUGGGGACUCAUAGGAUAGAAUAGGAUUCGAAUUUGUGUUGGAUAAUGGGAAAACUAUACCCAUCUAUUACAUGUAUGUAAUAUUAGAAAUCGGGUUUUUCUCGCA